AUGCAUCAGCUGCUGAACGACAGACAUCCAGCAGUGAGAAGAGCGCUCUCAGAAAUGGUGCAAAAGCUGGUCCACACAGGGCUUACCUCGCAUUGGGCAGAGGAACGCAUCGAUUUUGACUCGGAUGAAGAGCAAUUGAUGAAAUUUGAAAGGUACAGUUCUAGUCUCCUUUGAGAACGAGUCUCGUUUGAGAGUUGUGGAUUUAAUGGUCCGAUGAGUGGAGGAAUAGUUUUUCUUCGAGUUCUUCUUGCAUUGAAUGUUAUGCCAUAACAGUUAUGCUGUUGGUGAGUACUAACUAGUUCACUUUCACAAAACACAAACAGGUACGAGCACCGUCUUCUUUAUCUACUUUUGAAUUGCAUUGUCGACGGGGAUGAAGAGGGAGUUGGAAAGCCAUGCUUAGCAAAAUUCGAAGGGCUUGCAGAGACAGCCUCAGAGUGGUGGAAGAAGGCUGAAGCAAGACGGAGACGGAGACAGAGAAACAUAGAGGCUGCACAAAAAAGAGUAGAGGCGAAAUUAAAUGGAGGUGAAGCAGAAGAAGAGGGAGAGGAUGGUAUAAUUUUGUCAAUAUUGUUGCUGUAGUCUAGUAGCAUAUUCCUUUUAGCAGUUUUCUCGCAUUCUCUAUCACCCUCGUUGUUCAAUCUACUUGAUGAAGAUCUCUUUAACAUUCACUCGAUAGCGAUACCGUCACUAUCUUUCUACUUCAUUCUUCCAGGAAAAGGAACCGAUUUCAAUACUCCACAAACACACACCUCCUAAAUGUAAAUCAGCUCAAUCCGACGCUCAUGUUGUCGAUAGUGAGGACUUUGCGACCGAAGACGAAUGGAACUUUCCAGAUUUUGACCACAUGAUAGAACAGCACGCUUUCAAAGAGUCUUCGACUUGUGGAGCUUUAUGGAGAUGGACUUAUUCAACUGAUUGUUCGUGUCGUACUUGCAUUUUGUAGUUUAAAAAUGUUUGUCCGUUGUCGCGUGAUUGUUCUUGAUGGAUGGAGCAGAGCUGGAAGGUUGUUUGAUCUACUUUGACUGACAAGUCACACUUGUUCCCUCACGUACACGUUUACCUCUACUACUAGUGAAGAUGAACAAGUUGAUGACAUGGCCAUGUCUCUCGCGAUGGUGAUCUACACACAAUUUCAUUCAUCCAGUAUCGACUUUGACAGCAUUUUAAAUACACCCUUAUUAUCCUUUUUCAUAAUCCCUCCCUUCUGUGUUUGGUACCUCGAUUCCGAGUGCGAAGAUGUGUUUUUACGUCUACCGUCAUAUGGAGAGGUUGCUGCCACAAUGCCUUUCCAACCUGAUCCAAUGGACCUCUGAGCUGCGGACCAGUGCGGCACGUCUCUUGAAACUUUUCCUGGUCUUUCUUUAUGGAAAGAGUCUUUCACAAUACAAGCAGCAAAUGUUGAUUACAGGACUAGUGCAAAUACAUUCUUAGUGUACUUAUAUACUUUUUACCUGCUAUCCUUACUUUUUCUUCCUAGUUAGCUUGGCUCCACCCGUAUUCUUAGUGUAAUAAGAAUAAUUACUAACAACUUUUCUUUGGCCUCGUCCUUCAGGCACGUCUCUUGAAACUUUUCUUUGGCACGUCUCUUGAAACUUUUCCUGGUCUUUCUUUAUGGAAAGAGUCUUUCACAAUACAAGCAGCAAUUGUUCUUAGCAAUAUAAUUACUAACUUGUUGAACUUCUCUUUGUCCUCCUCCUACUUCAGUUUCGCUGCUCGAAGAAGAAGUACUUCUGAUGCCCCUUCUCCUCCUCCUCCUCCUACUUCAUAAAGCGCAUCGAUUUGCAGCAGAAAAGGCAGAAGAGAUCUUAGUCCACCUCUACAAGGCUGUUGAAGACGAAGACGCUGAUGUGCGGACGAAUGUACAUGUUUGUGCCCAAAACCUGUCGCUCUUCGUCGCAGCGCAUACGAAACAACGGCUGCUUGUGGAGAUUGUAUUUUCUAGUCUAUGCCUGUAGCCUGCUCUGUAUCUUGCUCUGCUCUUCUCUGUGGAUGCUGAUUAAGAAAGUGUGCUGUGACAGUGACAUGAAGUAGAACGCUGUUGCUGAGGGUAGAAAAGAAACAGGUUUUAUGAUCAUUAACUCCAGCAGUUGCACUUGCAGUUUGAGAAAAUCUUCACACUACAACAGAUAUCCACCCAUCUCGGUAUCGCCUACGACUCAACCGAGCACGCAGGAGGCUACUUAAAUAGGGAAGCAGCGCAGCGAGCCGACAGUCAGCACGAUGAGUACUGGGGAGAAACUAGUAUGAAUAGAGCAAAGGUGAGAGUCGAGUACGACAAGAAGAAAGAAAAGCCCUUCGUCGCCAUUUCUUUGGAGAAUAAACGACAAGUGCUGAAAAUCCUAGCGCAAGUGGCAAAAGUAAUUAUUAUUGAUUGAGCUUGGCCAUUACUAUAAUUCUGUACUUAUAUACCCUUUACCUAACCUUACUUUUUCCUCCUAGUUAGCUUGGCUCCACCCGUAUUAUUGAGGACAAAGCUGAUUUCUCACAAUUUUUUCUUCCUACUUGAAGCUAACUGAGUGUUUUGUUGAUCAAUUUCUAUACUUACGUCUCUGGCGCAGUGGCAGGACUGCUAUUUCUAUUUCACGGUGAUUGCAAGUACAGGUACUGGAACUUCUUCUGUACUCCAGUUGUCCCCUUCACUCACCAUGCUUAGUAUCACAUCAACAUACACUUUUUAGACUUACACUUCCACCACCAUGUUGACCAACACCAUGAUCACCAUGACCACCAACAUCAAGUCAUCUUCAUGUUCACCCACCAAAAACUAGGUUUUCAGUUACGAGGACAGCCCAGAAGGCGUUAGUGAAGACGUUUUGUCCCAGAUAGUCCGCUUCCUAGAGGAAUCUGCCACGCUGGACGAACUACUGUUGACGAUUUUAGAACUCCUCUCAGGAGUCUUAGUGGAUCCCUCGUCCGGUGAUAGCUCUUUAUGGUGUAAUCUUAAGUAGAAUGAUGUCUUUCAAAGAAUGGUUGUGAAGUUGAUGCAAAGAUCUGGACUCUGCCUAUAGGUAAAGACCUUCUCAUUCAGAUGAAGUACAACUACCAGUACCUCCCGAUGAAAAACAACCCGAUGAAAAAUUACCCGCACCCGAUAAACAACAACCACCAGUACUACUUACUACCGCUAAUAUCCUCUUCCAGUACGUCCACGUUUUCGACGGGUAAAAAGAAGAUGCUAUCGAAGCAGUGGACGCGGAUAUUCGAUAUUCUAUUGCGCUGCAAGUCGAGCGUGGAUCCAACGGAAAAUUCAGCAGAGGUCGCGCGCAUCGUAGAUCUCUCCGAUCAAUGCAUUGAGGCAUUGGCAUCACGCGUUUGCGACUGUUCUUAUGAAGAGAAUGAUGACAAAGGCAAUGAAAAACUGGAGGUGUAGUAGUCGCGAAAGGAAACAUCAAAUAGUGACUUCUACGUACAGUGCAGUAGCCGCGAAUGUCUUACAGAGGAAACAUCUUUAAAUAGUGACUUCUACAGUGCCGAUUAGUACCAAUACAACCUCCAAAUAAGUCAAAGAGGGAAAAACGUCCUAUUCGUUAACAAUGUCAACACUGAGGUAGGGGCAGCUUUCCUUCACAUUAGUUUCAUUGUUUUGCAGGAGGACGAGCAUAUCAAUGUGAUGAUGUCCAUCUCACCAAUGUCUCGUUCGUAACGCUCACCCCAUCUCUAAUUCCUCGUUCCUGACGUUUACCGCUUGCAUCUCUCGAGUCAACUGCAUACACUUCUGGAGCAAGCAGACCUCAUCCAAUGGCCAGAAAGCAGUCCGAAGAGGGCAAUCUUUGACCUUUUAGUUAAGACAGUGGCAACUGCAAUUAGUUUUGUCCUCCAGGUUCCUAAAUUCGACCGCCAGGCGGCGAUUGAAGUUUUCGGUUCAUCCUUGAGCAGACUCAUAGUGCAUAGUCAAAUGCGAUGAAAUAGAAAUAGCGUAUCCAACAUCUUCCAAAAACUGAAAAUACACCGUGAUAUUCUUAUCACACGCUGAUCGAUGUGACUUUACUCAGGUCACCCAAGAUCCUCGGAGUAGGACCAGGUGUGUAGGGGAGCUCGAUGUGAAGGAUCCAUAACCUAGCCUAACCUGAGCUGCUCUAAUCUCGUGAAGAACAGCGUCCACGCGAUUAGUGGAGAACACUUAGACCGAAUCGUGCCGGUUUUAGCGAAGCAAGCUGCAGUCCUGACACCAAGUGCGCCGCGACAUAACGACGAACUUGAGCAAGAAGUCGCGAAAGAAGGGUCUACGCUGAUUAUGUUGUUGAUGUUGUGCUGCUGGUGCUAGUUCUUCGUAUAGCUGAUCUACGACAACUUGAACAAGGUGGGGUAGGGUAUAAUAGAUCAUGUUGUUUUACUAGAUGUGUUGUAGUUGUGGAGCUGCUCUGCAAUUUUACUGGGUUUCUUUUCCUCCCAAUGCCUCUAACCCCAAAAGUGUCCAAACUGGUGUGUCCCCAAGAGCCCGCAUCGAUAUACUGGGAAUUUUGCAUUUCUUGGUCAUGCAGAGUACGAAAUUUGAGGUGGUGAAAGAGGGCUUAAGAAGACAUGCCCUUUUUCUGUGUUACGGCUAGUGCUAAUGUCCGUGUCUUCGACCUCUCUUACCAAGCUCAUAGCUAGAAAGAGUAGUAUCAUCACUACAUUUUGGAAGCAUAUUACACCCUUCAUCAACCUCAUAGCUAGGGUGGCAACAUCCUUCAGUCUGUAUCAACAAUGGUUUAGUCAGGCUGGACUCUAAUGUUCGGAAGAAAUGCUUCUGCCGAAUGCAUCCUGGAGACCAGGGCAGAGCCAGAAUAAAAUACGGAAAGCGACCAUGGUUUGCAUUCACCAGUUUUUGGAGUUGGACUUGAUUGUUAAGGGUCAAACUUACGUGCGAUCCGAUUCCAAGUGUGUUUUUUGAUGCCCAACCACUGCAACUUCUGCCUUGAUGUUUAUCUUUAACUUUAUUCCUCUAGUAAAAUGAACACUUUAGUAUCACAAUCUUCAAUAUCUUCUCUUCUCUAAAAAGAAAACUUUAUUCACCCCAACCAGUAUCAUUCCCCUAACUACUUAGCAAUAAUAGGACUAUGAUCAUUUUUAUCAAUCUUUCCUCCUCUAAUAGCAACACUUCGAGUCUUGAGACCUUGUUUCCAGAUGUGCUGCCGAUAUUGAGAACCUGCAUGGACGACAGCUGGAGCCCAGAUAACCGCUUGGUCGCAACCCUGGUCACGACUUAUGGCGCAUAAGUAUGAGUAUGUAGACGUAGAGCGGGGCUGUGUUCUCUAGAAGUAGUGGGUUAGAAGAAGUUUUGGAAGACCAUCCGCAAUAAGUUUAGGCAUUGUCACCUGGAAUAUCAGGGGUCUUGCAAUAAAAGGAAUAUCAAGAACGAUCGUAGUAUUAUUGACUAAGUUCUUAUCCAGAGAUGAGUUGUAGAGUUCUUGCUGAAGCAAGCUGCUGCACUCGUUCUUGCAGGACAUGGACAAACAUUGUCGAUCAUUGUGAGUUGUACACUUCUCUGCAUACCUUCUGCCACUCAGAAGUGCUUCUGUGGUUAUAAUAUUAGCUUCCUUAUCUUGCUUAAAUCAGAAUCAUAAUCAAUUCUAACUCUCUCUGCUGCUAGAGAAGCUGGACAGCUUAGAGGACGAACAAUUGCGCGACUUAUAUCCAGAGUUGCUGAAGCGAUUGGACGAUAGUCAGGAUGAAGUGCGAGCCACCGCAUGUGCUGCAUUUUCUGCUUUCUUCCUUAAGGAAUCGUUGGAGCAAUUUUGAUUUCCAAUACAAAAAUCUACUAACUUUAGAAGUAUCUUUCUUUCAAUAGAAGAAUCUACUUUCAAUCAAAGUUGAAGCGACUUUCUUUAGAAGUAAUCAAUAUGAAGCGACUUUAGAUGAUUUAGAAGUUGUCUUUUCUUGUUCUUCUUCUUCUAUCUCUAUGUGCUUCCUAAAAAUAUGAGGCACGUUCUUUCAACAUGGAUUGACUCACAAAGGAGUCACACUCGGAGGAGUUUAUCUUCAAAAAUGACGUGACACAGACACACAAAGACAAAUAAUCUAAAAAAUCAUAGGAAAUGCUUUGUGUUACGCAGGAGCGGCAUCAGGAAUUUGAAAUUCUUGAGAUAUUGAUUUAUUCUUGUAUCCACACUUCGAAGACAUAUGUGAAGCUCCUGUAUCAAUCCAUUGAUCCCAUCCUCUAAGUUCCGUGCCCUUCCGGAGAAAUGGUCUCCCAACCUAUUCCAGUACAUCCUGACAAGCCUCUUCAUCCAUUUUGAUGACCCGAAUCCGAGAAUUCAACAUGCAGUACAGUUAUGAUACAGUCCUAUCGGCGAUCCACUGACGAUGAUUCAGAGGCACAUCGUAUUACUCGAAAGUAGCUUGAAGUUACCGAGUUACCGACUGAAAUAAGGGACAUAGCUUUACAAAAGUGCUCUUCUUUCAGUAUCUCGGUUAUUCUGGUCACUACAACUCGAACUAUCCUUGAUCUUAAUCGUAGAUGUCAGAUAAUCACAGCGAAUAGACUCAAUAGUCCUCUUCUAACAUAUGCCUGCCUUGAAACCGCUUUGCAUCACAACCUUGCGGUAUUCGUUCAAGAAGCAGAGAAAGCGUCGGUGAAAGCAGUGCAUGCCAAACAGCUUUCCGAUCUGAUACUAGUAGCGAAAAAUUUGAUGGAGAACUGAUCACAACUGCAACAUCGUCUGCAGGGGAACCUUCUACAAUCUCUUGCAGAGCCUGAGUGUUUGCCUCCCAGAGGAACGAGGAAGAAGAUGGAUCAUCAGGAGAAAAUUCCUAAUGAAGAAGAUUGAGGCUACUUCCUUUAAUUAUUAUGCUUGCCUAAAGUGAAAAUUAAUGUCCUCUUAGAUGAAGAUGAAAUUUCAUGAUGUGCUAUUUCUAUUACAAGAACGAUGGUAACAGGGACAAACACAACAGCAUGCAUGAUGUGCUAUUUCUAUUUCAAGAACCUCCGCGCAACCCUUUUAAAAUUCGUCUUGCUCCUUUACUGACCACGGUUAUCCCACUUCCGGGACACACAUUUUGGAGAAAUAUCGUUGGCGAGACCUCCACUAAGCUUCACUACAACUUCAAUUUUGGGAAGUAGAGAAAGGAAAAUAUUAAGAACGACCAGAGAGUCGUUCGACGUUAGGGUGGUGGGCUUGAUUAUCUGCGGCGACUAAAAAAGUCGUGGUCAACCCAUUUAGUUGGGAUAUUUUUUUUGAGGUGGUAUGAGUGUUCUAGUAUGACAAGAAUCGACGCUCUCUUCUCUCAAAUGCUGCAACGAGAGAGUCGAGUUGUUAUAGCAACAAUGUCAAUGAGAAAAUAAGAAAGGAGAGAAACUACAAAGUUGAGAGGUGUUACCAAAAUUUAAGUUUCUGAAUUUUGUGACUUUGGGCACAUCGAUCUUUCUAUUUGUGAGUAGAUGUUUAGUUCUAGUUUUGAAUUUACUCCUUGUUCAUUCCAAAUUCAAUCAGUACCAAGAACCUCUUCUCCUUCUCUUUUACGAGUUGUUGUGUUUGUAGUAUUAAAGAAACAAUAGCAAGAAAAAA